UCCUAAAACCCUCAAAACCCUAAUUAACAUAUCCUCAGAAGAAAUAAAUGCCCUUUUGCAAGAUUUUAACGUUUGAUUUUGAGAGAUUUUUAAAAAAUGAAAAACCUGAAGCUAUAUUCAGAGUUAUCUCUAAAUGUUGAAUUACAAUCAAAUCAAGAAGCAAUUCUCUUCUCUGCUAUCGAUAUUGAACGCAACCGUUUGUUCUUUGCCUCUUCAACUAAUUUGAUCUACGCCACUCAGCUUUCUUCUUUUCAUAAUGGAAAUGCUUGGAGAAAGAGCUCACUCCAAGCAGGAGUUCAUCCUAUUGAUUUGGAGGAUGGGGACUUUAUUACUUCAUUUGAUUAUCUUAUGGAGAAGGAGGCGCUGAUUGUAGGCACUAGUAAUGGAGUUAUGUUGCUCUAUAAUGUGGAUGAUAAUGCUAUGGAGGUUGUUGGUCAAGUAGAAGGUGGUGUUAAGUGCAUUGCGCCUAGUCCGGAUGGCGAUUUGCUUGGAAUUGUAACUGGGUUAGGACAGAUACUGGUGAUGACUCAUGAUUGGGAUUUGUUGUAUGAAAAUGCAUUGGAGGAGGAUCAACUUGAUGGUGUAGACGUAAAGAGUUCCAUAUCCUGGAGAGGUGAUGGAAAAUACUUAGCAACACUGAGUGAGAUCUCCAACUUUUCUUCCUUGAAUAAGAGACUGAAGAUCUGGGAACGAGAUUCAGGUGCAUUGCAUGCUGCUUCAGAUCCAAAGGCAUUCAUGGGAGCAGUUUUGGAUUGGAUGCCAAGUGGAGCAAAAAUUGCAGCUGUAUGUGAUAGAAGAGCUGAACAUAGGUGUCCUGAUAUUGUUUUUUAUGAGAGAAAUGGAUUGUUUAGAAGCUCUUUUAACAUCAGUGAACUAGUGGAUGCAACAGUAGAAUUGCUCAAGUGGAAUUGUAGUUCAGAUCUUCUUGCAUCUGUUGUCAGAUGUGAUAAAUAUGACUCUGUUAAAGUUUGGUUUUUCAGCAACAACCAUUGGUACUUGAAACAUGAAACUAGAUACCCAAGGAAGGAUGGAGUGAGGUUUAUGUGGGAUCCAAUAAAGCCACUGGAGUUUAUAUGUUGGACUCUUGAGGGCCAGAUUACAAUCUACAACUUCAUGUGGAUCAGUGCUGUCAUGGAGAACUCAACUGCAUUGGUCAUAGAUAACUCCAAUAUACUUGUAACUCCACUUUCUUUGUCCCUCAUGCCACCUCCUCUGCAUUUAUUUAAUCUGAAAUUUCCAAGUGCUGUUCGGGAUGUGGCUUUUUAUCCCAAGAAGUCAAAGAACUUUGUGGCUGCAUUUUUGUCAGAUGGCUGUCUAUGUGUUGUAGAACUUCCUGAAUUUGAUACAUGGGAGGAACUUGACGGCAAAGAAAUUAUGGUUGAAGCUUGCAUUUCUGACACAGUGUUAGGAACCCUUGCACAUCUUACGUGGUUGGAUUCACAUGUACUUCUUGCUGUUUCUCACUAUGGUUUCUCUCAUAGUAAUUGCUUCUCCUAUACCUCAUUGGGUGAGGAAGAACAUCAUGGUUUUUAUUUGCAGGAGAUUGAAAUUGCAUGUUCUGAGGAUCAUGUCCCAGGUUUAGUAACGGGUUCAGGUUGGCAUUCAAAGGUUUCCCAUAUCAAUUAUUUGGAAGACCUUGUGAUUGGGAUUACUCCUAACCCUGUUGAAAGGUGCUCAGCUUUUGUCCAGUUUGAUGCUGGAAAAAUCUGUGAGUAUACAUCAACAUUAGGGUUUGGUACUCCUGGAGGAGCUACAGAACAUUAUAGUAUGAAUUUUUCAUCAUCAUGCCCUUGGAUGACUGCAGUUAAUAGUGGCUCAUUAAAUCCUUUGCUUUUUGGACUUGAUGACAUUGGUAGGCUCCAUUUUGGUGGAAAAAUACUAUGCAACAACUGUAGUAGCUUGUCAUUCUACUCAAAUCUGGCCGACCAAGUGAUCACACAUUUGAUUCUUGCAACCAAACAGGAUUUUCUCUUUAUUGUUGAUAUUAGUGAUAUAUUGCAUGAAGAACUAGAGUCAAAAUAUGAGAAGUUUGUUCAUGUUGAUAACAGAAGAAGAGAAGAACAAAACAUGAACUUCAUACAAAUAUGGGAGAGAGGUGCCAAAAUUAUUGGCAUCCUGCAUGGUGAUGCUGCCACUGUCAUUAUUCAAACAAUUCGUGGAAAUCUAGAAUGUAUUUAUCCUAGAAAAUUGGUGUUGUCAUCAAUUGUCAAUGCUUUGAUCCAAGGGCGGUUUAGGGACGCACUACUCAUGGUUAGGCGGCAUAGAAUAGAUUUUAAUUUCAUCCUUGAUCAUUGUGGUUGGCAAUCAUUUCUUCAGUCAGCCUCGGAAUUUGUCAAUCAGGUUAAUAAUUUAAGCUACAUAACUGAAUUUGUCUGUGCUGUAAAAAAUGAAAACAUCAUGGAGAAGCUGUACAGAAAUUACAUCUCUUUUCCUAGCAAAAAAGGGGUUGAAGUUAUUCAAGGCCAAGAUCUCAGGGGUUUUGAUGCUAAUAACAAGGUUUCUUCUGUCCUGCUGGCCAUAAGAAAGGCUCUUGUGGAAAUUGUCCCUGAAACUCCAGCUAGGGAGCUCUGUAUUUUAACCACUCUAGCUCGUAGUGAUCCUCCUGCUCUUGAGGAAGCUUUAGAGAGAAUAAAAGUUAUCCGUGAACUGGAAUUAUUAGGCUCUAAUGAUCCUAGGAGAACUUCUUUCCCUUCUGCAGAAGAAGCCUUGAAGCAUCUGUUGUGGUUAUCUGAUUCUGAGGCUGUAUUUGAAGCUGCCUUAGGCCUUUAUGAUUUGCACCUUGCAGCUAUUGUGGCACUAAACUCUCAACGAGAUCCAAAGGAAUUUCUUCCUUAUCUACAAGAACUAGAGCGGAUGCCAAGUCUCAUAAUGCACUACAAUAUUGACCUUAGGCUGCAGAGGUUUGAGAAAGCUCUCAAACACAUUAUUUCAGCUGGUGAUGCUUAUUAUUCAGAUUGUAUGAAUCUCUUAAAGAAAAAUCCUCAACUCUUUCCUUUGGGACUCCAACUAAUCACUGAUCAUGCCAAGAGAAUGGAGGCCCUUGAGGCUUGGGGUGAUCAUCUUAGUGAUAAAAAAUGCUUUGAGGAUGCUGCUACUACUUAUCUCUGUUGUUCUUGUUUGGGAAAGGCCUUGAAGGCUUAUCGUGCUUGUGGUAAUUGGAGUGGGGUGCUUACAGUUGCAGGGCUUCUUAAACUGGAUAAAGCUGCUGUAUUGCAACUUGCUACUGAACUCCGUGAAGAACUCCAAGCACUAGGAAAACCUGGGGAAGCUGCAAAAAUUGCUCUCGAGUAUUGCGGAGAUGUUAGUGGUGGGAUAAGUUUGUUAAUCAAUGCCAGGGACUGGGAGGAAGCUUUACGUGUUGCCUUUAUGCACAUGGGAGAAGAUUUAAUCUCAGAUGUGAAGAUUGCUUCUGUCGAAGGUGCAAACACUCUUAUUAGUGAAUAUGAGGAAGGCCGAGAGAAAGUAGGAAAGUACCUGACUCGCUACUUAGCUGUCCGGCAGAGAAGGUUACUGCUUGCAGCAAAGCUUCAGUCAGAGGAUCGAUCGGUGAAUGAUCUAGAUUAUGAUACUGUUUCUGAAGCUAGCAGUAACUUUAGUGGAAUGAGUGCCUACACCACAGGGACAAGGAAGGGCUCCGCUGCUUCUGUGAGCUCUAGUAUUACUAGCAAGGCAAGAGACAAGAAGCGUCAAAGAAAUAGAGGGAAAAUUCGCCCUGGCAGUCCUGGCGAGGAGUUAGCUCUGGUGGAGCAUAUAAAAGGCAUGUCUUUAACAGAUGGUGCAAAGCGUGAGCUUAGAUCUUUACUGAUUGCCCUUGUGAUGCUUAACGAAGAGGAGCUAGCAAGAAAGCUGCAUCGUGUCGGAGAGAGUUUUCAACUGUCUCAAACGGCUGCAGUAAAGCUAGCUGAAGACUCAAUGUCUACUGAUAGCAUAAAUGAACAAGCACUAAGUCUGGAGCAUUACAUACAGAAAGCAAGAUCUGAUCCACAAAAUUUAGAAGCUUUCUCUUGGCGACCCAAAGUGUUUUCUUCUACUUUAACCUUAAAGUGAAGCUCCAAUUGGUAAUUGCUGUUUCUGUUUGCUUGUUGUGGAAGGAGGCUUUUGUUUUUGGAGAAAGUCCAGUGAUAGUAGCAAAAGUGUAUUCUUCCAUUAGAGGUUGUUUAGUUGUUUCUCAUGAAUUGGCUUUUGUAUCAGCUUCUCGACAUGUGAUGCAAAAUCAGUGAAUAUUAAUUUUUAAUGUAUUAUUCAUAUUUAUUCUCUUUCUACAUGUAAUUUGUUUUUUCUUUACAACAAAGAUUUUAAGAGUACCCUUUGUGGGCACUGCUGCCAUUUAAAUGGAAUUAUUAAGCUCUCUUUCGGCUCA